CAGCCCCCUCUUGGCCGCUCCCUUCUUGUCUCCGGCCACCAGCAAGGACCCGGGUCUGCCCUGGGCUUAGGCGUUUGUGGUUCUCUCCCUGCAGGACGUGCAACUGAGGGCCGGGCGGCACUGGACAUCGUGCACCCGGUUCGCGUUGACGCGGGGGGCUCCUUCCUGUCCUACGAGCUGUGGCCCCGUGCACUGCGCAAGCGGGAUGUGUCUGUGCGCCGAGACGCGCCCGCCUUCUACCAGCUGCAAUACCGCGGGCGCGAGCUGCGCUUCAACCUGACCGCCAAUCAGCACCUGCUGGCGCCCGGCUUUGUGAGCGAGACGCGGCGGCGCGGAGGCCUGGGUCGUGCGCACAUCCAGGCCCACACCCCCGCCUGCCACCUGCUUGGCGAGGUGCAGGACCCCGAGCUCGAGGGUGGCCUGGCGGCCAUCAGCGCCUGCGACGGCCUGGUGAGUGCGCUGGGACGUGUAUACUUGGGGCAGUCUCAGGUGGUGGGAUGUGGAGAUUGGCUCCAGUCUUGCCAUGCACUUGUCUGGUGCCAGCCUCGGCCGCUUCUCUGCCUGUGCAGGAAGGACCUGUGUGCAGCCAUGAACCGGCCCUGUGAGACCCUGGGCCUCUCCCACGUGGCGGGCAUGUGCCAGCCGCACCGCAGCUGCAGCAUCAACGAGGACACAGGCCUGCCGCUGGCCUUCACUGUCGCCCACGAGCUCGGGCACAGGUACUGUGCCUGCCCCCAUUGCUACACGGAGAGCUGAGCUUCACCCUCCCAG